GCAAGCAAGCUCAUGUCAGAGGGCAACGAGUCAUCUCUCAGAGACCCCCGCAUGGCAGCACCUGACGGCAUCAUCCUGCGCCUGGCUCAGCUGGCCGUCAGCUGCACCGCCAUGCCCACUGCCUCACGCCCCUCCAUGUCCCGCGUGGCGCACGAUCUGGAGGCACUCCAGGCCGAGGUGGGGAGUGGGGAUGCACGAGCCGCAGCUGCAGCGAGGGUGGAUGAGAUGAUGGUGGAGGUUCGCCCGGUUAGGACCAUUGAUCAGGAGCUGGAGCUGCUGGAGAAGAGGUUUUUACAGCCGGGCGAAUCUGUGUCCACCUUGUUUGGCUUGUCAGGUGGUCCAGGGAGUAAGGCAUUUAGUGUGGAGAUACCAGACAGCCCUAAUGGAACGGGCUGCUCUUUUGUCCGAGCCACAUUAGGCUACCAACAUGUCAGCAGUAGUUGACAGAACACUUGUACGAUAUAU